UAUACCUGUAUACUGCCGACGCCAUUGUUUCGUCCCCAAAACGAGAAAAUUAAGAAUAAGGAAUUAAAUCCAACUAUAUAUUUUAUAUAAGUUAUUUGUACAUUUUAAAUUUCACUCAUACAUUAUUUAAGUUUAAAUAUAAUUUAUUAUACUCUUCGUUCGUUGUAACACGUUACGUCAAAGUGGAAAAUUCCCUUAAUAUUAAACGUGUAUUUUUUGUAAACAUGCCUAAACGUGGAGGAAGGAUUAGAAAUUGGAAACCUAAUGAACACUUUGAACAUGAUGACCGUAUUCAAAGUAAUAACACAAGGCGUGUUAGUUUUAAACCUGGAACUAACAAAGGUAAAAACAAAUUCAAUUCAUGGAAUAAUGCAUCGCAUCUUUUGUUGGAUGGUGAUAUUGACAUGGGAGCAACCGCCGGCCAGGGUCCAAACAGAAAAGGUUUUCGUGGCAGAGGAAGACUCAGCUCACCUGCACCGAGACCAGCUUCAAAGAAAAAGUUUUUACCUGGCCUGUUACCUUGGUAUCAGAUAAUAAUACCAUAUGGAGCAAAACAUGACAAAGAUGUCGUUCUACGAGCACUGCUGGGCUUUAUCUCACCAGAAGUAUUCAUUCCACAUUACUACAAAAUAAAUGGAAAUGCAGCAGUGUUCUAUGUUGAUGAUGUUAAAAUAGCAGAGAAACUGUUCUAUGCAGACCGAAAAAUAGCUAUGUCCGAUGGAUUCAAGCUUGUCGUAAUUGUGAGGAAUUCUGUACCAAACAUUAAUGUUGAUGCUGGUAUGAAGGAGAAAAUGAAGCUUGCUAUGGCAAAAAGAUAUAAUCCUGCAACCAAAGCUUUGGAUUUGACAAAAUUCCAUUCUGAUCCAGAUUUAAGCGAUAUAUUCUGUGCGCUGUUCCGUCCAGUAAUCAUGUUGGCAGCAAUUGAGAUCAUGGCAGAAAAUAUUCCUGACUUGGAAGCUUUAAACUUAAAUGACAAUAAGCUUCAUGGAAUUGAACACAUGAAGAUUUUAUCCACAAAAUUAAAAAAUCUUAAAAUCUUGUACUUGGGUGACAACAGGAUACCAUACCUAGGUUCCAUCGACCCCUUGAAGCCACUUCAGCUUGUGGAGUUGUACCUUAAAGGAAAUCCUCUGGUGAACAGGUUCAAUGACCAUGAUAUUUAUGUCAGCGACGUCCGGAAGAAAUUUCCAAAACUGGUGAGAUUGGAUGGCGUGGAUCUUCCUCCAGCGAUCGGCUUCGACGUUUCAGAAGAUGUGACGCUUCCUCCGAGUCAGCAAUCGUUCCUUAUAGACCCUGCUGGCCAGGACCUGGUCAGAGAGUUCCUAACACAGUAUUUUGCUAUAUUUGACUCAGAGUCAAGGCAACCGUUAUUGGAAGCCUACCAUGAGACUGCUACGAUGUCCAUGGCAGCAAACUAUCUCAGCAAUGAUAACAGAAAUGCACCUACUAAUAGAUUGAACGCAUACAUAUCAAACAGUCGAAAUUUAGUUAGAAUAACAGAAAGAGAAUCAAGAAGAAGAUAUUUACGGACGGGGAGAUUGCAAGUCGUCUCAUUCCUCUCAGAUCUGCCCAAAACUAAACAUGAUUUAAUGAGUUUUGCAGUGGAUUUACUCGUUUUCACGCCAGCGAUGAUAGUUCUAACAAUGAAUGGAGUGUAUAAAGAGACAACUGUAGCCGGUAACCCUUCACGAUCCUUCCACCGGACAUUCGUCAUAGUACCCAACAGUGCUGGAGGCUUCUCUAUCACAAAUGACAUGCUCUUUAUCUCUAACACUACAAGGGAACAGGAGGAUGCGUCGAGUUCCUCAGCGGGGGGUGUGGCCGUGCCCGGUCCCGCCUCCGCUCCUGCUCCCGCCCCCGCGCCCGCUCAUGACGAAACGCAGCGAGCCAUUCUGGCCACUCUGAGCCAGCACACGGGCAUGAACGAGCACUGGAGCAUCAAUUGUUUACAAGAAACCGGUUGGGACUAUCAGCGAGCAUUGUUCAUCUUUAACCAACUACAAUCAGAAGGCAAAAUACCACCUGAGGCCUUUGUGAAGUGAACAAAUUGACUCUUUAUCUGGGCAGUGCCUUUGUUAAUAAAAACUAUUUUAUAAAUUCAAUCAAAAUAUUCUUGUUUUGAUUAAGAUUAAGAAGACAGAAGAGGAACAGCAUGUAAAGAAUCUAAAAUCAAAUAAAAAAAAAAAGAUUAAAAACCGCCAAAAAAAUAAAUGGCUGGUAAAAUUAAAAAAAACUUAAUAAUAUUUCCGAAAUUAAUAUCUCAAAUAUUUUGGUAUGAGUGAAUUAUUUACAGUAAAGCUAAACAUACAAAACUAAAAAUAAUAUUAUUGUAUACAAUUUAUUCAUUAGUUAGAUGUUUGAUACAUUUUGUUUUGGUUUAUUAUAAUUAUAUUGUGUAAUGAUACUAAUAUUAUAUGAUAUUCUUUCCAGCAUUUGCAUGUAACAUUGUCAAAUUGUAAAUGUAUAAAAGAAUUAUGAAACAUUAUGUAAAGUAAAAUUUGUAUAAUUUUACUUUUACUUUGUAAUGUAAUUCCAAUUAUUUAUUUAUUAUUAUUACAGACUUCAGAAUACACCAAUUAUUAAUAGUUUGAAAACAAAUAUAUGAAAUUGUGAGAGCAGGGUUUGAAGAUAAAACAUCUUAAAACAAGUGUUUAAUCAAACGCUGCUUAUUAUCUGAAAAGUUUAUUAUUGUUAUAUUCUACACUCAUACCAAAUUAAGAUAAAAAAUUGGAAACAUUUAUAGUACUGACUGCGAUUACUAUUUACUAUGAAUAGAAUCGAAUUAGUUUUCGCAGUUAACACUAAUGAUUUUUGUUUGUAAAUAUGGUGUAUGUAUCGAUGUAUGAAUUUAAUAAUUGUCUAUUGGACUUAUGUAACUUAAAAACCAGACUGCAGUGUAAAAUAAGUAUUUUAUGUAUUGUACACACUGUGGUCAAUUAAAUUUGAAUAGUUAGGAAAUUGUUGUUAAAGCUUAAGAAAUAAAAUAAUUUGAUAAAUCUUUUACAAAUUGUAAAAAUAUCAUAAAAGUGAAAAUAUUGUAGUAGAUCAGAAAAACGGAAGUUAUUAUUGUUUGUGUUAUUCAAUGUACCAUGUGUACUGUAAAAUUCAUACUUCUUAAAAUGUGUUACUUUUUUUUCGAUUUGACAAAGAGAAUUGUAGACCUCUAAUUUCGUUUUAGAAAUAAAAAUAGAUUAAGUCAAUCAUAUGUUCGCUGUGGGAUCUGGGUUUAAAAGGCGCAGGUUAAUUCAAGAGCGUUAGUCCUAAAAUGGCCGGUUGCGUGGUAUCCGUUGACAUAUUUUUGACACUUGGUUGUUUAACCUCAUGGUAUAAUUAUGGCGUGAGUGGAACUCGCCUCGGAAUAGACGGCGGAUCCCCUUGGAUAGAUUUCUUGUGGGCUAGCCGUCUUGUUAUCGAUAGUAUCAUGGUGUCGUCACGGUGCUUUACUUGGCCGUGGCUGAAGGAUGGCUCAGUCCUGCACUGUAUUGGGGUUGUGUUUAGGGAUGACUUCUAAUUUCCUAGAAUGAUUACGAGUUAAGAAAAUAAAGUUUUAUUUUUUAA